AGAGAUAAAAACAACAACAAAUCAUUAGAUAAAAGAAAACAAAUCGUCAAAUAUUAAAUUUUUUUACAAUAAUCACAUAUAUUUUUAUAAAAUUGUAUUAAAAACGAGUGCUUUCAUAUAAUAUGUAUUAGCUAUGUGGAUUAUUUACUCUAUAAUCAUACACAUUCUGCUAUUGGGCUCUAUAUUUGUUAUAUAUUUUCGUUCGCCGGUCAUUACCAAUCUCCAGCCCUAUAAAAAUAUUCCUUUAGAGGCUCCAGCAAAACGUUUGGUGUUAAUUGUUACGGACGGUUUAAGAGCAGAGUCUUUUUAUCAUGACAAUUUUAAAAAUGUGCCACACAUUAAACAUCUAAUCGAUAACCAAAAGGGUAUUUAUGGCAUUUCCAAAACCCGGGUGCCCACCGAAUCAAGACCUGGACAUAUCGCCCUUAUAGCCGGACUAUAUGAGGAUCCUUCGGCAGUUACUAGAGGCUGGAAAGAGAAUCCUAUUGAAUUUGAUACUGUCUUUAAUAGAAGUUCCAAAACUUAUGCCUGGGGAGCCAAUGAUGUUUUACACAUCUUUUCGCGUCUUUCUAGAGAAGAUGAAAAACGUUUAUUCUUUGAUUCUUAUAAUCAUGAAUUGGAUUUUUCGGGUAAAGAGAAAACUUAUGAAUUGGAUAAAUGGGUUUUCGAUAAAGUGGAAAAGUUUUUACAACGUAAAAAGGCGGAGUUGCAGCCAGAACGUCAAGUUAUAUAUUUCCUACAUCUAUUGGGUUUAGAUACAGCGGGGCAUGUUUAUAAACCUAAUACAAAGUUAUUUUUGGAAAAUUUACAUUAUACUGACAGAGGUAUAAAGGAAAUGUAUGAGCUGUUUGAGAGAACAUUUCCCGAUGGUAAAACAGCUUAUGUUUUGACCUCGGAUCAUGGUAUGACGGAUGCAGGUUCUCACGGCGCUGGUGCUAACUACGAAACCGAAACUCCAUUUUUUAUCUGGGGCGCUGGAGUCAAACACAAACCCUACAAUUCAAAAAGAAAUUCUUCAACAUUAUAUGAACUAGAGCAGGCUGAAAUGGCGCCCAUAAUGUCAGCUCUUCUGGGUAUAGCUACACCCAUGAAUAACUUUGGCGUUUUACCUAAAGACAUCAUUAAUGCCUCAGAACUUUAUCUAUUACAUGCCACACAAAGCAAUGCUCAUCAGUUGUACAAUCAAUAUAAAUCUCUCCUGCAGGAACAUGAAAAAGGUUUAUUCAACAAAUUUCUACCCCAAUUUAAAAUGGAUAUAGAUUUUGAGGAAUAUUUAGUGACACAAAAUUCCUAUGAAACAGAAAAACUAGCUAUUUAUAAUAGUUACAAAUUGAUGUAUUCAUCCCUGAAAGGUAUAGAUUAUUAUUUCAGUUACUAUCGUGAGUUAUUAUUGGCGGCAACUACUGCCACUUUUAUUGUCUGGUUGGGUUAUUUACUUAAAUUAUUGGGACACGUUAAUACUGCUGUUACUAGGCAGUCUAAGAAAAGUAAUUUUGCUUUCAAAUUCAAAGUCUUUCUUUUAUCGUUUCUAGCCUUAAUAACUUUUAUAUUUUGUUUACUGCAAAAGUUAAGCUGGAGUAUAACCUUUUAUCUUAUGCUGCCUUUUGUGGUGGCCAGCUUAUUUAUAACAAAACGUUGUCCUAUAUUAUUAUUUGAUAACAAAUUGGGUUUAACUAAAUUCCAUUUACUUCUACUGUUACUAUGUGCUGAACUUUUGGUUUAUACCUUUUUCGAUAGAAGAGCUAUUUCUUUGGGUUUCCUAGUAUUUGCUCUGCAAGAUAAAAUUUCCUGGCAGUUCUUUAAACAAAAACUGAAAUUUUAUAUAAGUUUUAUUUUAUCCCUGAUUUUAUGUAUAUUUCCCUUACUGCCCAUCUCGGUGGGUUAUUCCAAUAAUGUUUUAUUAUAUGCUGGCAUCUUGGUCACUCUGUUAAGACCAUUUUUAGUCAAAAAUUCCAUUUCAAUUUUAGAUAAAUUAAUAGUAUUUAUAGCUUUAGUAAAUAACGCUAUCUGUGUUUAUAUGCACUCUCAACAAUUGGGAGUUAGCGUUAUAUCGCAUAUAAUAUCUUGGCUUUAUCUUUUAUAUGUUUUUAUAUCUCUAGUCAAACCCUAUUCUCUAACACUUAAACAACGUUUAGAGAAAUUUAUUUUUCUUUUAACUAGUCUGUAUUGUUUAUUUUGCACUUCCUAUGAAUCCUUGUUUAUUUUACUCUUAAUAUCCGAGUUAAUUUUAUCUCUAGACUGUUCUUUAUCACAUAACAAUUUCAAUACCCCCUUAUCCCCCAUAACCAGUACUUUACACAUUUCCCAUUGCUUUCGCUUGGCUUUUAUUAUUCUACUCUACACCUUUUUCUCUUUCUUUGGCUCCGGUAAUAUUGCCUCUGUAAGCUCUUUUGAUCCCAAUAUAAUACGUUGUUUUCUAGCCACUUUUUCUCCCUUUAUCAUUAUGUUUUUGGUUAUUCUGAAAUUGAUUAUACCAAUUUUACUUAUUAUUUCCAUUAUCUUUGCCUUAACUCCCUUGGCUUUGCAAUACGAACGUCAAAUAUUUAUUUGCCUUUUAAUCGUUUGCGAUAUUAUGGGUUUAAACUUUUUAUUUUUAGUUAAAAAUCAGGGCUCUUGGCUAGAAAUCGGUACCUCCAUAUCACAUUUUGUUAUUAUGCAAGUGACAACACUGGUUUUAGUAUUAUUUGUUAAUUUAGCGAAAUUUUUAUUGAAAAUAAAGGUCUCGUCGGGUUUUGAGGAAAAUUUUCUAAAACUUAAAUAAAUUUAUAUAUAUUAAAAUAUAUAUUUUUUUACUUAUAACUUUUUGUAUUAAAUCUAAAACUAAUUUUGUUGUAUCUACAAUUUUGUUAAAUAAAAUUAAAAAC